AUGAAGCGAGAUGGCUACCUGAAAGAUUGGUUCGUCAAGUGGAUACAGAUCCUGAAUCUUUUAGUAAGUUUCUCCAUGGACUCCACUGUGCAGGCUGGAACCAAGGGCAUCUGGAUGUGGUGUGUGCCUCAUCCCAAGAAACCUGACCACACCCUAGUUCUGCUUGACACUGAAGGCCUGGGAGCUGUUGAGAAAGGUCAGAACCAGAACGACUGCUGGAUCUUUGCCCUGGCUAUUCUUCUAAGCAGCACUUUUGUCUACAACAGCAUGGGGGCCAUCAACCAGCAGGCCCUGGACCAGCUGCACAAUGUGACAGAGCUGACAGACAGAAUCAGAAUAAGUUGCUCCCCUGACCGUCAAGAUUUGGAGGACUCAGAUGAGUAUGCGAGCUUCUUCCCAGACUUUGUGUGGACCCUGAGAGACUUCUGUCUUGAGCUGAAGAUAAAUGGGCAGCCUAUCUCAGCAGAUGAAUACCUAGAGAAUUCCCUGAAGCUUCUUCAAGUUCGGGAUAUUUUUGGUCCACUAGAAGAAGAUUUGAAGCAGGGUGUUUAUUACAAACCAAUGGGUUACUGUCUUUUCAACCAGAAGAUACAGGAGUUGAAGAGAAAGUACUAUGAAGAACCUGGGAAGGGGGUGCAGGCUGAAGAAGCUCUCAAGAAAUUCUUGCAGACAAAGAAGGAUAUAAUAGANGCAAUUCUACAGACAGACCAGAUUCUGACAAAAAAGGAAAUGGAGACUGAAGUGGAGCAUAUGAAAACUGUAGUUUCGGAGAAUGUCUCAGAACUGCUAGAGGAAAUCCAAAAGAAGAAUAACCAGUUGAUGGAACAGCAAGAGGAGAGNCACCAAGAGAACAUGCAGCAGUUGACUGAGACGUUGGAAAGAGAACAGGAACAGCUGUGGGAGAAGCAACAGAGAGCCAUUGAGCGCAUAAGUCAGGAAAAUGAGAAAUUCCGGCAGGAGUGUAAAAGACUUCGAAAAGAGAAUAAGGAGCUCAGUUCCAGCUGUAUCAUAAGCUAAAGGUUUGAUAAACAGCGCUGUCCUGCCACCCAAAGCACAGCUGAACAGCAUGUAGAAUUGGGAACAGACAGCACCCUUGUUGGUAAUAAUUGGUUUUGGCAUCAGAAAACUAAAAGUCAGGAGAGACACACAAUGUGGUUGUUGAAAUCANGUUUAUCUUCCUUAAGAUUGUGUACAGAGGGCAUCACUGACACUCUACCAUGGUAGAGGGAUCAACAGAUUGCUCAGAAAAAAGUCACUUUUCCAAAUAUCNUUUCCAAGGGACAAAUGGACCCUGAGCAUAUUCUUAAAUCUUGGCACANGAUUANAAACCAAGUUAAACAGGGGCGUGAUGGGUCUGAAGGACAGGAAUAGCCAGCCUCAUUUCCUACAAUGUGAAGUUGUAGGAUUCACUGCACUGUGAAUUGAGACACCUCCAUGGAGACCUAGGGUCCCAAUAUAUAAUAUUCAUAAAAAUAUGGGAGAAACCAUUAGCAUGACAAGAAGCUGAAUCCCAAAUGGAUGGGCUGAAUUGUUUCAGUCCACAUANAUUAAAACUGUAACGGGAUGUUUGCAAGUUUAACAGUUGACCCUGGCUUACAUAGUAAUGAGAUGCUUAAGCACAGAGUAGGGCAGUAAGUUGAAAGACAGGCUUUAAAUGCUGAUGAGUAACCUGUUANACUCAAAAGUCCUUUAGUGAUUUCUCUGUAACCAUAAAGUCACCCUACUCGUUCCCUAUUAUUAGCAUCUGUAUUUGAAAUACUUUUGAUUUUUCCCUAAGCAGAAUAAAGGCACUUGUUGCUAUAUUUUGACCAACUCUUAGUACUUUCAAGUAUAUAUAAACUAUAUCUCAACUGCCAAAGGGGCAAAGCUAGUGGUUAGCAUCUUUUAAAAGGAUGGAGAAAUUUUAGGGGACAGGGUUCAGUGGGCAAAAUGCUUUGCAAUCAUUACGACCUAGAUUCAGAUCCUUGCAUCCACAUAACUAAGCACACAUUUGUGUCAGACAUCUGUAACCCUAGCCCUGAAGGUGGAGUAAGAAUACACAGCAGGAUUCAUGGGGCUUACUAGCCAGCCAGCCUAAGCAACAGAUAAACUCUGGUUUCUCUGAAGACCCUCUCUCAAAAUUAAGGUAGAGAGCAAUUGAGAACAGAAUCGUGGUGUCUGCUGGAAGCUGAUACAACCACAGAUAAUCAUAGUAAGCCAAUUAAAUCAGUCUCAAGUGGACAAAUGUGUGUUCUCUUUAAUAUAUAGCUUCCAGCUGCAUGUAGACACCUAAAAUUAUCUAUGUAUAUUUAACAAAAAGUCAUAGUGAAAUUACCUAAAGAGACAGAAGGGACUAAUGGAAGAGGCAUGAAGAGGAGGGUAGGAGCAAGGGGGUAUACUAAAGAUACAAGACAUGAUUAUAUUACGAUAUCCUUUUACAGCAAAGUACCAAGUAUACACAAUGAAAAUGAUAAAAAAAAAAAAAACAGUCUGUGGUAAAUGAAGAACGUUUUUAAAAUGAGCAUUCUGACAAGUGAGUGUGAGUAACAUUGACAAUGCAGACAUAUCAACAAGCUUCUCAAGGAAUGCAUUCAGCACUAAACUCACUGGCUCCUUAAUUCCCUGGUUGUUGCAGCAAGAUACCAGAAAAAGCAACUUGAGCAAGGAAGGGUUUAUCAUGGCGGGGAUAUCAAGGUGGCAGAAGAAGGAGGAACUUGGUCACAUUGCAUUCUCAGUGAGGAGAUGGAGAGAGGUGAGUGUUAGUGGUCCAGUUUCUAUUCAGCCAGAAACUUCAGCUUCUGAAACUGUCAGUCCACAGUUGGUGUAGAUCCUCUCACCCACCUCCACUAACAAUCUAGCAACUCCCUCAGAGGCCUGCCUCAGAGAUGUCGCCUUGGUGAUUCCAGAUCUUGUCAAGUUGAAUUGUAAUAUUAUUAGCUGUCAAACUCAUGUUUGAAAAUGAGUUCACUUGAAUUAAAACCUCUUUAGAAGUUACACUCACAGAAUUAUUACAAAAAAAAAAAAAAAAAAAAAAA